UACGACAUUAUUUUUGGAGAGUCGGAUCAACAUAGAAUUCAACAGUGAGGUUUAUUUUUGUUGUUGAUCUUUAUCUGUUUCUGUUGUUGUGUAAAUUAUGUAUUUGAUUACGAGUGGAGGUGCCAAAAUAAAGAAAAGACCAAAAAAAAAAGUAUAAUCAAAUGUUCUUAAAAUUAAUAUUACUGAGGAUACGAGUAUGAUGCUGCUGACAAAUUAACAUGAGUAAUGUAUAUAUAGCUCGUAGUUAAUUCCAAAUAAAACCAGAUAUUUUAGCAGCCGACACUGCAUCGGCAAAUAGAUUUUGUCAUGCAAAUAUGUGGCAGGACGUGAAGAUCCAUUAAUCAAUAGGAAAUCGUCUUGGAGGCUCUACGUGUGGCUGGAAAAUAAGGUAUGAGUGUAAUAUAUGUCAUAAUCUUGUUAGAAGCUAAGUAAAAAAAAAGGUUUUUCUAAUAAAAGCAUAAAAAACAAGUUUCGACAUUUCAAUCCUUCCCACCGCCACCCCCAAUUUUAUUUCAUAGUGUUUGUUUACAUUAUAUAAUCUUCUUACCAACCACAAGCCUAACUCAUGGACAAUAGCCCUCCACAACAAAUUAAAGCUUUGAGCUUGAGAUUUGAGAGACACGCCUCACUUAGCUUUAGCUAUCUAAUGGAGUUCCAAUUUCCAUUCAAUAUCAUUUUCUUAUUCCUCUUCCUAUCAUUCCUCUAUUUACUACUUGUGGAAUGGAAAAAAUCAAGAAACUUAAACAAAAAACUUCCUCCAGGACCAUGGAAAUUGCCUUUCUUAGGAAGUCUACAUCACUUGGCAAUAGGUGGACUUCCCCAUCAUGCACUCACAAAAUUGGGCAAAAAAUAUGGGCCUCUCAUGCACCUUCAACUAGGGGAAAUUUCUACGGUCGUAGUUUCUUCGAUGGACAUGGCGCGAGAGGUAUUGAAAACUCAUGACCUUGCUUUUGCAUCGAGGCCUAAAUUAGCAUCCAUCGACAUAAUAUGUUACAAGAGCACGGACAUUGUGUUUAGUCCGUACGGAGAAUAUUGGAGACAAAUGCGUAAAGUAUGUGUCAUGGAACUACUCACCGCCAAGAAUGUCCGGUCCUUUAGUUCCAUCUUGCACGACGAGGCAUCUCGUCUCGUGCAAUUCAUCCAGUCAUCGACACAUGGUGAGCCAAUAAACAUUACGGAACGGAUUUUAUGGUACACGAGUUCAAUUACAUGUAAGACAGCAUUUGGGGAUCAAUUGUUGAAAGACCAAGAGAAAUUCAUUCAAAUGGUGAAGAAAUUGGUGGAAUUGGCAAGUGGAUUUAGUUUGGCUGACAUUUUCCCUUCAAUCAAGAUCCUUGGUGUACUAACUGGAGCAAGGAGUAGAAUCUUGAAAGUUCACAAAAAUGUUGAUGCUAUUGUUGAGGAUGUUAUCAAUGAGCACAAGAAGAAUCUUGCAAGUGGUAAAAAGGGAAAUGGUGCAUUUGGAGGUGAAAAUUUAGUUGAUGUUCUUAUAAGAUUAAUGGGAAGUGGGGAACUCAAAAUCCCAAUCACCAAUGACAACAUCAAAGCAAUUAUGGUUGACUUGUUCUCUGCGGGAACAGAAACUUCAUCAACAACAGCAACAUGGGCUAUGACAGAAAUGAUGAGGAACCCAAGGGUGUUAAAAAAGGCACAAGCAGAAGUAAGAGAAGCAUUCAAAGGGAAAGAAACUUUCGAUGAGGAUGUUAUUGAGGAAUUGAAAUAUCUAAGACAAGUUGUUAAAGAAACCUUAAGACUUCAUCCUCCAGUCCCUCUCUUAGCCCCCAGAGAAUGCAGGGAAGAAACAAACAUCAAUGGAUACACCAUCCCAUUAAAAACAAGAGUCAUGGUUAAUGUUUGGUCGAUGGGAAGGGACCCAAAGUAUUGGGAAGAUGCGGAAAGCUUUAUACCUGAGAGAUUCGCGCGCAGCUCUGUGGAUUUCUUGGGGAAUAACUUUGAGUAUCUUCCUUUUGGUGCCGGAAGGAGAAUGUGUCCUGGAAUUACAUUUGGUUUGUUCAAUGUUUAUCUUCCACUAGCCAAAUUGCUCUAUCAUUUUGAUUGGAAAUUACCUGAUGGUCAGAAGCCAGAGGAUGUGGACAUGACUGAGCUCUCUGCAAUAACUGCAGCAAGAAAGAGUGAGCUUUACUUGAUUGCCACUCCUUAUCAUCCUUCUCAAUAAUAAUAUUUGAUACAAGUUAAGACAACAGUGAGGGUCUUUUUCUCCUCUUUUCUUUUUUGA